CGUAACUACCGUAUAGGCAAUAGGCCGUAAACCCAUCCACCUAUCCUACACGUAAUCCCAUCUACAUACUAGCAGAAGAGCCUCAUCUAUCCACCUACUACCUUCCUAGGUAGCUUUCCACACUAUCGCGAGUCGCCUCCCCGAUUCAGCCAUUCAUUCACUCAAUUCACUCAAACCAUUCCCACCAAUAAUCACACCCCAAUUCCGGAUCUCUUCCCUGUCUUCACACCUCAUACCCCCAUCCAUCUCUCUCCAUCAUGGCGGCCAUGAUGCCGAGCUCCUCUGACCCCAGCAAUCCAUAUGACAAUGAUGCUGUCGAGCGCGACCUCAUAGAUCCAGAUGAUGCUACCCUCGACGACCUCGAUGACCCUCUCCAACCCACCUCCGACCGCGCUCCCCUCACAGGCAAUAUCCAAUCUCGGUCGGGUUCUAAUGCAAACACACAGUCCUACCUCACCUCCGCCGUUGGGGGAGAGGACCGCCGCGCGCCGACAAACACUAUCGAUGAGACGGUAUGGGAAACCCUGUCGCGAGAUCUGAUUGCCAUUUGGGAGAAGAUGAAGCAAGUUCUCUGGCCUAAAUAUAUCCUCGGCGGCAUGAUGCAGCGUGGUGGAGGCAUUGGCGCUGCUGAGCGCGGUGAGGCAGAUGGCUUCGGCGGCGGUCUUAGAGCCCUCGCUGGCAGGUGGCCGGAUGCCGACGUGAUUCUGCAGGGAGGCAUGAGCGAGGGCCUUCGCGAUUGGGACCUUUGGGGACCUCUCAUUUUCUGCCUGCUCCUCAGUCUGUUCCUAUCCCGAGGACGCGCCCAAGACUCCCAGAAGGAUUUGGUCUUCUCUGGUGUUUUCGCAAUGGUGUGGAUAGGAGAGGCUGUUGUUACGCUGCAGAUCAAGUUAUUAGGCGGAAAUAUCGCAUUUUUCCAGUCCAUAUCCAUCAUCGGCUACACACUCUUCCCGCUCGUCAUUGCGUCUGCCUUGAGCGCCGUCGGCCUGCACCCCAUCCCCAGAAUACCAAUCUAUCUCGUACUCGUAGCCUGGUCGUUGGCGGCCGGCAUCAGCAUCAUGGGCGGAUCAGGGGUGGUGAGGAAUCGCGUAGGAAUAGCCGUAUACCCACUGUUUGUUUUCUAUAUUGCGCUGGGCUGCAUCUGUUUCAUCAGUUAGUUCGUGCAGGCAAUCGCUUUGCCCUGCAUCGUUCAGCCGUGCGUUGGAUGUUUCCGAUAUUGUAACACCAUAUGCCAUGUAGCAGUCUUGUUGUUUCUCCCAGAUGGCCCAGAUGGCCUCUUGUUUUGCUUUUUUCUUUCUUUUAUUCUUUUUCCGGACGCAUGGUGAAUCAUAAAGCUAUGGUCGACCAUCGGAUGGUGCCAAACCGAAAACUCCAAGUCAAACACAGUUCCCUCCUUAGAUUGGUGGAGCAUAGAUACCAAGAUUGGCUCAGGUCGGCAGAGAGCUGCAGCGUAGAGGGAUGAAAUGACACAUUUCGUACGCGACCAAAAUAACAAUUUGACCCAUUCGGCAAACUGACUCUGGAACCAAUAGAUGGAUGUGAUAAUUAUUGUGAAGAGAAUGUGGAGAUAAGC